AUGGCAGGACCUCAAAGAAAUAAUCACAAAAGACCAUUUGGUAAUUCUCAAAAGAGAACAUUUGGUAAUUCUCAAAAGAGAUCAUUUGGCAAUUCUCGUCAUGAUCAGACAAAUAAGAAACCAAAACAUGGAAGACAACAAAUGCGUGAGAUCAAAAGAAUGGGAAGAAGACACCAGAAUGAGGAAGCCAAAGAAGAUUUUCCGGAUUUCCCAGAAAAUGAUGAGGGAUACGAAUCAGGAGAUAACAUUGGCGAGGAGCCAUCCGGGGCCAUGAGUUUGGAGAACAAUCCACGCCAGGCUUACGAUGCAUUGAUGGUGCUCUUGGAUAAUGGGAAAGACGAAAAGAAAACCACAAAGAAAUCAGAGAAGAAUACUGCAAAGGUCCAGGUUAUUGAUGGGAAUAUUCCAGGAAAUGAAGAUGAGGAAACCGAAUACGGGAUUGAGGAUAUUGACGAAGAUGAGGAACUGGUUAAAAAAGAAGAUGAAGAAGAUCAGAAUGAUUUAUCAGAAGAUGAAGAAGAUGAAGAAGAUGAUGAGGCAUCAAGUGACCCAUUCGAAUACCAUUUUGCUAAUCCACAGGAAUCGAUAUUGGAGAAUUUCGAGCAACAAGUCAGUAAGGAUUCAACCUUGAAAUGGCAGUCCACCAAAACCAGUACCUCUGACAAACAGUAUAUGGCUAUUGGCCAAUCAGCUCCAAUCGAGGAACAACUAUCUAAAGGCAAACAAAAUAUCAGACUCGAUGGGAACCUUGAACAAUUCAAGAUUAAAUCUCGUAUGAAUAUUCCAUUUGACGAUGCCAACAUCACCAAUUCUCAAAAACUCAUACUUGAUUCGGUUUUCAAAUAUAAAGAUGUAGUGUUUCCUUAUCAACACUACAAAGAUGAAUCAUCUAUCAGAGACUUAUAUGCAGCUCAUGCAGUGAAUCACAUUUAUAAGACCAGAGAUCGGAUUCUCAAGAACAAUUUAAAACUUUCUACUUAUAAGGAAGCAUUGGAGCAAGGGAAAGCUUCGGUAGAAGAUGAACCAGAGUUGAGAGAUCAAAGUUUUAACCGUCCAAAAGUAUUGAUUUUAUUGCCUACUCGUCAAGCUUGUUUUGCAGUAGGUGAGAAAAUUAUUGAAAUUUCCGGCUUACAAACCGUGGAAAACAAGAAAAGAUUCUAUGCUCAAUAUUAUUCUGACGAUAAAGUCCCAGAAUACAAAUCCAACGACUUCAAAUAUCUCUUUGAUGGUAAUAGUAAUGAUUUCUUUUGCCUAGGGAUGAAAUUCACCAGAAAAACUUUGAAAUUCUACUCGGCGUUCAACCAAUCGGACAUAAUUUUGGCAUCACCGUUGGGAUUAAAAGCGAUUUUGGAGAAAAAGGAGAAAAACAAGAACAAUAAGGACUUUUUAAGUUCCAUCGAAGUGUUUGUGGUGGAUCAAGCCAACUCCUUACAGUACCAAAAUUGGGGGAAUGUGAGUUACAUUCUUAAACAUCUCAAUACGAUCCCAGAAAAUUAUUCCGAAGAUUUGGAUUUCAGCAGAAUUAGAAUGUGGGCCAUUAAUAAUCAAUUCAAGUAUUUGCGUCAGAAUUUAGUGUUCGGGAAAUUCAGUACUCCAGAAAUGAAUAAUUUGAUUGGUAACAAACAUUCUUUGAAUUUGUCCGGGAAAGUGAAAUUCAAGCGUAAUUUCACUAGUGACGAAUCGGGGAUUGGCCAGAUUGUUUUCAAGUUGAGACAGGUUUUCAACAGAUUUGAAUGUGAAUUGCCAGUCAACGAUCCAAACGCUCGUUUCAACUACUUUAAGACUAAUAUUGUGCCAUUUUUGAAAGAGCAAUCUGAUGAUAAAGAAGGCGGGGGCGCGUUGGUGUACCUUCCUGAUUAUAGCGAUUAUCUUCGGGUGAAGAAUUAUCUUAGGUAUGAAACUUCCGUGAAUUUCUGCUCUCUUGAUGAAUAUUCUUCACAAUCAAAACUUACAAAAUACCGUGAUGGGUUUGCCAAAGGAAAGUAUAAAGUUAUGUUAUACACUGAAAGAUUGCACCAUUACAAUAGAUUUGAGAUCAAAGGUGUGAGAAAUGUGGUGUUUUACAAGUGCCCUUCAGAUGAAACUUAUUAUAGCGAGAUUUUAUUGAGAUUUUUGGGUGAUUCAAUGAUGAGAGAUGUCAUUAAGGAUAUCAAUUUGAGUGUGGUAAAGAUUAUGUAUUCUAAAUGGGAUGCCAACUUGUUGGAAAAAAUUGUGGGAACCCAAAGAGUUCCGGUAUUGUGUUUUGGUUCUAAUGAGAUUUACGAAUUUAAAUGA